GGCUCAUGCUCUGAACAACCAAGACAUGUGAAGGGCAGCUCUGCUGUAAGGAAAAGGUCUAUAACUCAGCUUCUGCUUGGAAAAAAUUGCUAUGCGAGGAUUCAUCUGGUGAUGCUUGGAUGCAUGGAAAAGAUAAAUGACAGCGAGGGUCACCCAAGCAGCAGCCACCAAACCCUGAAAGGAACCUCAAAAUGGGCCACGUCGCUGGAGAACCUCCUCGAGGACCCCGAGGGAGUGAAACGCUUUAGGGAGUUUUUAAAGAAGGAAUUUAGUGAAGAAAAUGUUUUGUUCUGGCUAGCAUGUGAAGAAUUCAAGAAAACACAGGGAAAAAAACAGAUGCAAGAAAAAGCUAAAGAGAUUUACAUGACUUUCCUGUCCAGUAAAGCUUCCUCCCAGGUCAACGUUGAAGGGCAGUCCCGUUUGAGCGAGACCAUCUUAGAGACACCUCACCCUCUCAUGUUUCAGAAGCUGCAGGACCAGAUAUUCAACCUCAUGAAAUACGACAGCUACAGCCGCUUCCUGAAGUCAGACAUAUUCCUAAACCAUCAGAAGUGUGAGGAGCAAGAGGAGAAUUCACCAGAGGCUCAGACUGCAGCCAAAAGAGCAUCAAGAAUUUACAACACGUGAUACAACGGGUCUCUUCAGGAGAGGCAACACAGUAAAGGAAUUACACUCAGGAACAGUCUAGGGUUAGAGCAGUUGCAUUUAGGGCUUGGAAAGCUCCAAACCUUUUUAGGAGAUUUACCUUCUUAAUUGCUUGAAUGACUAAUUGUUUUUGCAUGAUAGCUAUUAACCAAGCACCCAUGGAAAGACUGUUUCCUGGAUAAAAGGCUGAGGUGUUCCUCCAGAGCAUGACUUGCCAUCCAUAUUUCACAGGUUAAAAUGCUUUCAA